CUUAUUUUCAGAGUAUCAAGCAAACCGACACAAGUGGAAGGCACGGAUCACAAAAAGAGAAAAAAGGUUGAUUGAAAACAAUAAUAAAUUUAUGAGAAAAAGUUUAAAGUAUUACCUCUAAUAAUAAACGCAAAAUCAAAUUCGAAAAGAUGACGGCACCAAUGGAACGAAUUCAAGUCCUAGACUCCAUUGAGAAGGAUAUAAUAACAUGUUUACAUAGUGCAGGUCAAGUAUUCGUAGAGCUAAGCAAAGAAAAAUCGAGUCUGAAGCAAGCUGAGAAUCAUACACAGAUGUUCCUCAAAACAUUGAGUGCUGUUGAAAACAAACUAACAGAUCAAAUAAAUUAUCUCACACAGGUAUCAACUGGCCAACCACAUGAAGGCAGUGGCUAUGCUUCCCAAAAAGUCUUGCAGAUGGCUUGGCAUCGACUGGAGCAUGCUCGGUCCAGAGUAAAUGAACUGGAUAGAAUCAAAGUGAAACACGUGCAGGGCAGACCUGCUACUGCAGCCUCAGUGCUGGCUCAACGAACUGCUGGGUCCACCAUAGGGCAGAGCACGACAGUACCUGGGGGCCAACCACAGCAGGCACCUACCUCUGCUGUGCCCCCUCAAGGGGGUGGAGUGCAAGGGCCAGGAACUGGUGGUAGCGGUCAGCAACCAGGGGGAAAUAAUUAA